UCAUAGACAUGGAAUUUUCUCUACUUUCUUCAUCAACCGUGGUCUUCUGCGGCAUCUUCACCCUACUCUUCUUUCUCCAUGCUCUCUUCAACAUAACUACAAGAGCCGCCAAAGCUCAUCCAAACAAACUCCCACCUGAACCCACCCAUAGUUGGCCCUUGAUCGGUCACCUUCAUUUGCUAAGCACAGUAGAUCCAACUCAUAUAACCUUUGCAAAGAUGGCGGAUGCCUAUGGACCCAUCUUUACUUUGAAGCUAGGUAUGAGUAGAGCCUUGAUUGUGAGCAAUUGGGAAAUAGCAAAAGAGUGUUUUACUACAAACGACAGAGUCUUUGCAUCCCGUCCAAAGCUUGUAGCAUCAAAGUUGCUUGGUUAUGACCAUGCCAUGAUCGGGUUGAGCCCCUAUGGUUCACACUGGCGCCAUGUUCGCAAAAUAGUUACACUCGAACUCUUCACAAACCACCGCGUUGAGCAGCUCCAACACAUUAGAAUAUUCGAGGUUCAAACUUCCAUUAAGAAGUUGUAUGAGUUAUGUGUGAAAAACAGAAAUAAUAAUGAGAAUAAAGCACUGGUGGAGAUGAAGACGUGGUUUGGAGAUAUUACUCUAAACACCGUAUUUAGGAUAGUGGUUGGAAAGCAAUUCUCUACGGCGGUGGAUGGAAGUGGUAAUGGAAAAGAAGAUUAUCGGAAGACGUUUAGAGAUUACUUUGAAUGGUUUGCAGUGUUUGUUCCUUCCGAUUUGUUUCCAUUUUUAAAGUGGUUGGAUUUGGGAGGACAUGAGAAGGCUAUGAAGAAGACAGCCAAAAUGGUUGAUGAGGUGUUUGAUAAAUGGAUUGAAGAGCAUCAACAGAAGAGGAAUUUUGGUAAAGUAGAGAUGAAAGAGCAGGACUUCAUGGAUGUGAUGCUUUCUGAUGUUAAAGAUGAUAAACAACCUUCUAAACAUGAUGCAAAUAUUGUCACCAAGGCUACAUGUUUGGGUCUUAUAUUGGCAGGAUCCGACACUACAACAAUAACAAUGGUAUGGGCUCUUUCUUUACUUCUUAACAAUCAAGAAGUAGUUAGGAGAGCUCAACGUGAAUUGGACGAACACGUUGGAAGACAAAGACAAGUGAGAGAAUCUGAUAUAAAGAAUUUAGUGUAUCUUCAAGCUAUUGUGAAGGAAACAUUACGUUUGUAUCCUGCAGCGCCGAUCCUAUUCCCUCAUGAAUCAUUAAAGGAUUGUGUGGUUGCUGGUUAUCACAUUCCGGCAGGAACUCGUUUGAUAGUGAAUGUUCAAAAGCUUCAAAGAGACCCACAAAUAUGGGAGGAUCCUAGUAAAUUUCAUCCGGAAAGAUUUCUAACAACUCACAAAGAUAUUGAUGUUAGAGGACAAAAUCUCCAAUUAAUACCAUUUGGAAGUGGUCGAAGAAUGUGCCCUGGAAUCUCGUUUGCCCUCCAACUUAUGCAUUUAACACUUGCAAAUUUGCUUCAUGGGUUUGAAAUUAGUAGGCCAUCUAAAGAGCUUCUCGAUAUGGAGGAGAGUGUUGGAAUGACAAGUAUUAAAAAGAAUCCACUUAAAGUCGUUUUGACUCCCCGUCUUUCUGCUCAAGUUUAUGAAUGAUUUAAGUGAAAUAUAAAUAUGUAAUUCAUUGAUAUUAAAUUAUAAUUAAGAUCGCCAUAUAUACAACCGGUCGCAAAGGUAGAAUAAUAAAUUUGCGUCCAUCAACUAUUCAAAAUAAA